AUGACCCUCGGCUUUCUUUCGUCCUUCCAGAACGCCGUUUCCAAGCACGGCUCUCAGUUCCAAGGCAACUCCCAGCACGACGCCCUGGAGUUCCUGCUCUGGCUGCUGGAUCGAGUGCACGAGGACUCGGAGGGCUCGUCCCGAGAGCCAGGGUCCGAGAAGCUUCAGCCCGAAGCCAGUAAAACCCCUGAGAACCACCUGUCGCCAUCGGCUCCGCUUUCUCUAGGUCAAAGCUUUGUGCAAAGCCACUUUCAAGCACAAUAUAGAUCUUCCUUGACUUGUCCCCACUGCCUGAAACAGAGCAACACCUUCGAUCCUUUCCUGUGUGUGUCACUGCCCAUCCCCUUGCGCCAGACCAGAUUCUUGAGCGUCACCUUGGUCUUCCCCUCUAAGGGCCAGCGGUUCCUGCGGGUGGGCCUGGCUGUGCCCAUCCUCAGCACAGUGGCCGCCCUGAGGAAGAUGGUGGCUGAGGAAGGCAGCGUCCCUGUGGAUGAGGUGAUCUUGGUUGAACUGUAUCCCAGCGGACUCCAACGGUCUUUCUUUGAUGAAGAGGACCUGAACACUAUUGCCGAGGGAGAUAACGUGUAUGCCUUCCAAGCCCCUCCACCACCUGGCCAGGAGACACUCUCAGCUCAUCCACCUGGUCUGUCCGUGUCCCCUCGCUUGGCAGCCACUGAGGGUCCUCGAUUAUCCCUGCCCGCCCAUAGGGAGAACAAAGUGCUAAUCCUCUUCUGUAACUUGGUGGGGUCAGGGCAGCAGGCUAGCAGGUUUGGGCCACCAUUCCUGAUCAGGGAAGACAGAACCAUUUCCUGGGCCCAGCUGCAGCAGCGCAUUCUCAGCAAGGUCCGCUAUCUCAUGAAGAGUGAGACCCUGGGACAGCAGGUCAGAAGCCCAGGGUCACUGUUCUCUAUCCGGGUUGUGGGGCAAUCCCUGGCCCUUAACUACUUGUCCCCACAGGACAGCAGGCCCCUCUGUCACUGGGCAGUUGACAGGGCUUUGCACCUCAGGAGGCCCGGAGGCCCCCCACACGUCAAGCUGGCUGUUGAGUGGGACAGCUGCGUCAAGGAGCGCCUGUUCGGGAGCCUCCGGGAGGAGCAGGUCCAGGACGCCGACAGCGUUUGGCGGCAGCAGCAGGCGCACCGGCAGCACAGCUGCACUCUGGACGAGUGUUUCCAGUUCUACACCAAGGAGGAGCAGCUGGCCCAGGACGACGCGUGGAAGUGUCCCCACUGCAAGGCCCUCCAGCAGGGCAUGGUGAAGCUGAGCCUGUGGACGCUGCCGGACAUCCUCAUCGUCCACCUCAAGAGGUUCUGCCAGGUGGGCGAGAGAAGAAACAAGCUCUCCACGCUCGUGAAGUUUCCACUCUGCGGCCUCAACAUGGCUCCGCACGUGGCCCAGAGAAGCGCUGGCGCCCCGCCCGCGCCGGGUCCCUGGCCUUCCUGGAAGCAGCCAGCCUGCCUGCCCACCAGCUGCCCGCUGGACUUCCUGUACGACCUGUACGCCGUCUGCAACCACCACGGCAGUCUGCAAGGUGGGCAUUACACAGCCUAUUGCCGGAACUCUCUGGACGGCCAGUGGUACAGUUACGACGACAGCACAGUGGAGUCGCUUCUAGAAGAUGAGGUCAUUACCCGAGGGGCUUACAUCCUAUUUUAUCAGAAGCGGAACAGCAUCCCUUCCUGGUCAGCCAGCAGCUCCAUGAGAGGGUCCACCAGCUCCUCCUUAUCUGACCACUGGCUCCUGAGGCUGGGGAGCAACAGCAGCAGCACGCGGGGAAGCCUGCUGUCCUGGCGCUCUGCCCCCGGCCCCUCCCAGGCCCCGGUGCCCGACCCCCUCGGUUUCGCAAACAGCCUCUCCGGUCAGGAAAAGGGAGGCGAGGAGGCCAGGCCCUUGGUACGGGGCGUAAGAGGCCGAAGCAUCAGCAUGAAGGUGCCCACUCCUUCCCGAGCCAAGCAGGGGGCCUUCAAGACCAUACCCCUUCGGUGGUCUUUUGGACACAGAGAGAAACCAGUGGUUGCAUCUGUCGAGUUGGUGGAGUACUUGGAGUCUAGACGGAGACCUCGAUCCACAAGCCAGUCCAUCGUGCCGCUGCUGACGGGCGCUGCUGGCGGGGAUGACAAGUCAGCGGAGCCGAGGUCAAAUGCCACCGUCUCUGCUAAGGGUGAAGACAGUGAGCGAGCCGGCGAGAGAGCCCCCGCCGGAGCGUCCUGCCCCGCCGGCCGCCUUAGCCACUGUGCCGUCGCUGCAACCUCGGAUGGUCUGAACCCAGCAGGGACACUCAGGGAACCUGCAGGACAGGCCAGCAGGCUUCCCAAGCAGUUGGACCUGCCCCUCACGGUCAUGCCCUCAGUGGAGAGCGAGAAGCGAGCCCGGCCCGAGGGCCAGAGGACCUUGGACUGGAAGGGAAGCGGCCAGGCGGGGAGCAGUGACAGAGCAGCCUCCCCCAGGGACGCUUCAGCCGCUGUGGCCGGAUCCGAGCCCCACGCGCGCCGGCAUCCCUUAGCCAGGGCCAGGGCUACUGCAGAGGGAAGGGGCCCCGAGACAGACAGGCUCUCACAGGGGACCCUCACCCUGCUGAGGUCUGUGUUUUGGAGGAAGGAGAACAAGAAGAGUGACAAGGCUGAGGUGGCUCCUCAGGUGGCCCCGGCCUCCCUGGGGAGGGGCAGGCUGAGCCUGGCUGUGGAUGAGCAGGCUCGAGUCCCGUCUCCCCUGAGGGUGCCGGGGGGCUCUGUCCGCGGGACUUUGGGAAGCCACUUGUCUCGUGACCCCUGGUCUGCGCCCAGCUCUCUGCACCUCCCACGCAAGGCCAGCAGGCCCACGAGGGCCAGCGCCCCGAGCAUGGCACAGAGGAGUGUGCCCGGGGAGCAGACUGCUUUUGGCGCCUCGCAAAGGGUGAAGUACCACACCCUGUCCUUGGGGCGAAGGAAAACAUUACCGGAGUCCAGCUUUUGA